UGGCUUCAGAUGCCGAUUUGCAUUUGCAUGUGCCGGGGUGCUGCGAUUCGAAAUAUCACAAACAUUCUAAAUAUUCAAGCAAACAGAUCAAGUGCAAUUCAAAAUUAGUGUUCCGUGGCUUGAAAGGAUAUACUCUAAAAAUGUCUCGUGGUUUAAAUAUUCUGAUGUUGCUAGCUCUAUGCGGUUGGAGUUGGGCCGAGGAGGCCAUUGAGCUGUCGCAAGUGGAUUUUAAGCCCAUUACUGAGUUGGCUGCUGAUAUUCCAACCUGCCAGCAGGAUGAUAAGAACAUAAACGAAUGCAUACGCCAAGGAUUUCAACAGCUGACGCCGCGUCUUAAACACGGCAUCAGUGAGCUUAAUAUACCCGCCAUGGAUCCGUUUCAGCUGGGCAAAAGCUCCUACAACUACAACUCGGGCAUGCUGCAGGGACGGAUUGCAAUGCGGGAUGUGCUUGUCUAUGGCCUGAGCGAGGGCAUUGUGGAUAAGGUUGACUUUCGUAUGCGUAACAAGCGUGUGCGCCUGGAAAUGCUGAGUCAUGUGCCGCAGUUGUGGGCAGAGGGUGCCUACAAGGCGGACAUCAAGCUGAAUGACAUGAAGCUAACGCCAAAGGGCAGCUUCAACUUAACGCUUACCAAUGUCAGCAUGAAGACGCGUGCUUUGGGUGAACUCUAUGAGCGAGAGGGUCACAGCUAUUUGCGCUUGUCCAAACUCGAAUCGGAGCCCAAAGUGGGUGACAUGCGUCUCUAUGCCAGUGGCCUGGUGCCAGAUCCAGCGCUGAAUGAUGUCAUUUUGAAUUUUAUUAAUCAGUACUGGCAACAGCUCUACCAGGCUAUGCUGCCCGAGACGGUGGCCAUUUGGGAGCCAUUGAUGCUGAAGGUGGCCAACGAUUUCUUUGCUGCAUUGCCUUUUGACUUGAUUAUCACUAAAAACUAAACUAUGAACGGUUAUGUGACUUACUCAAUAUUUUAUUUAGUUUUUAAUGGCAAUAAAAUGAGACAAGAAAUUA